AUGUUUUUAUUAAAAACAAAUAAUUGUUUAGACAUCUAAAAAUCAAAUUUUUGUAUACAACGUAAUUUAGAUUUAAUUAUUUUCUUAUCGUUAUUUUAAAUAUAAUUUAAAAUAUAAAAGUAUUUAGGAAACAAUAAUGGUAUUUUUUUAGAUUUAAGUGAUAUUUCACCACUUAUUAGCUAAAAACAACCUCUAAGGUUUUAACUGUAAUGCUAGAAUAAUCUUAUUUACACUGAGUCGCCUGUAGUCAAACUAUUUAACUUAAUAGAUGGAUCAAUUAGUUCUUUUUAAUUGUCUAAUUACUUAUAAUACAAAAAUUAUUUGGGUUCUAGUCCUAUCAUAGAUAUAUAAAAUAAGCUAAUAAUAUAUCCUCACAGUUAUCUUAGCUAAUAUUAUUAGAAAGGUAACUAAAUAAUAGAAUAAUAAUUAUAUAGUUAUGCUUCUUCUUUUACUGAAAUGUAUUAUGAUAUUUAAAAUAAUUUCUUGAUAGUGUUAAAUGGAAAUGAUAAUACUAUUACAGUUGUUGACUAUAACUAAGCUUUACAAAAAUAUAAGUACAAUAUUUAAUCAAAUUUCAAUAAAAAAUUAACUUGCUUUAUUCCUUAAUAUAAUUUAAUAAUUGUAAUUGACCCAACUCCUUAAGUAUAUAGUUACAAUUAUCUCAAAAAUGUUACAAAUAUUGUACCAAUUUACUUUAAUGAAAUUUAGUAAAUUUUACCAGACAUUAACAAUAAUUUUAUCUACAUUUUAACCCAAUAAUCUGUUCAUGCCUUUAAAUUCCCUUAAAUAAUCUACUAUGAGACUUUGAAUGAUAAUUUCAAUGAAAAUAACUCAAAAAUUGAUAAAGCACUACUAUCAACAUAAAUAAAUACUUUAUUUGUAGUUAGUCAGAGCUUGGUAUUUUUUGACAAUUUGUAAAGCAAUUUCUAGUAAAUAUUAAUCCAAAAUAAUAAUAUUAUAUACACUUUUGGAAACUUAAUUACUUCUAUAAAUAUAAAUACAAGAUAAAAUAACCAAUUAAAACUAGAUAACACAAAUAUUACUUAUAUGGUGAAGUUAAGUUCUAAUUAAACUAAAUAAUUAGAUGAUAUUUUUGAAAAUAUUAACUAAUCAAAUUAUAAUGAUAAUACAAAUGAAAGCUUAAUUUUUAUAGUAAAAAAUGAAGAAAAAACCAUAUAUAUAAUUGAUGCUUCUUAACUUAUUGUGAUUAAUUAGGCUAAACUAGAUUACAAAAUUAUUAAUGUUGUUGUUGAUUGGAAAAGGAGAAUUAUUUUCUGUGUUUCAAAUAUAUCAUUUACUUAUAUUUAUGAUUUUGGUUUAAAAUUAAUAUCUUAGAUUAAGAAUCCUUGCCUUGUAAGUGCUAAAAUAUUUUUCGAUGAUCAAUUAAUUUACUCAGUUUGUCCAAAUUCAGUUUAUUUUUAUAAUUAGCUCACUUUAGUUAAAUAAGAAUAUCAGAUUAAUACAGGGUUUACUAGUAUUGAAUAUAUUAAGUCGUUUAACUCAUAAAAUACAUUUAUCUUAUUAGAACAAGACUCAGUUUACAUAUUACAAGUUUAAUAAAGUGGUAUCUAAAUUUUGUUUUAGAAAAAUAAAUAAAGAAUCUAUAUUUAAAAUGCAAGUAUAAUUUUUGAUGAAAACAAUUAAAAAUAUUUCUAAAUAGAAGGAAUAUCAUGGACUGAUAUUAUAUAUUAUUUAAUUCCUUACUAACCUUAAGAUAUAUGUACAUAUAAUUUAGGUUUGGAAAAUCAAAAUAUGAGUUCUUAUUAAAUUCAAAAGAUAUAAUAAAAUGCCAAAUUUUCAAAUCAAAUAGUAGCCAAAGUGUAAAUUUAAUUAUAAAAUAAUUCCUAAAUAAGCAAAUUUAUGGAUUUACAAUAGUAAGAUAUUAAAAUAUAAGUUGUAUUUUAUACAUAAAAUUACAAUACAAUAAUCUGGAAUGAUGGAAGUAUUGUUGACGAUCCGAAUAUAAGCGAGCUAGUAAUUCAUGAUGCCUUGCUAAAUGUUACAGAUAAUCUUACAUUGAACUAAAAUAAUAAUAUUGAGGAAUUACUUUUAUACAAUUUAAAUAUAAUUAGCAUAUAAAAUUAAGUUUUUUUAGAAAAUAUUCAAAAAGUAAUAUUUUCAAAUCUAACUAUUUAAUAAUUCACAAGUUAACUUUAAAAUUCUUAAUAACCCUUGAUAAUUUUUAAAAACUGCAGUGAAGUUAUAUUUAAAAAUAUCAACAUAAAUUAUGUUAACCUAAAUAAUUAAACAUUAUUCCAAUUUGAAAAUUGUACAAAUUUAAUGCUAAAUAAUGUAAAUGUAACUCAUUCUAUUUUUAGUUCUCUCAUUAAAAUAAAUGGAUCAGGUUAAAUCAAUUUAAAUCAAAUAAAUCUAAAAAAUAUAACUAAUUAUUCUUAAAGUUUAAUAAUAGCUGUUGUUGUAGAAUAAAUAAAAAUUAGUACUUUAAGUAUUUAACAAACAAAUAAAAACUAAAUUUUUAGCUUUUUAGGAUGUAAUAUUGUUUAAUUGAGCCAAAUAGUAGUUAUAAACGUUCAAGAUAUUAUACUUUUUUUAACUUAACCCUAUCAAAAAGUAUUAAUAUAUCCUAUUAGCAAUCUUAAAAUUGAAUUGCUCAACGUUACUGAUUCUUAAAAUGUUAGUUUUUUAAUACAAGCAAAUUAAACUUAAAUUUUUAAUUCACAUUUUAAUAACAUAAAUUAAACAACUACAAAUCUAAUAAACUCUUAGCUCUCUAAUAUCGAAAUAGUAGAGUGUUAUUUUUAGAACAUAAAUUUAAGUGAAGGGUAUUCAAAUCUUAAACUAAUAAACUUUAAUAAUCUAUUAAUAUAAAAAUCAAAUUUUUAAGGGCACAUAGGAAAUUAGAUUUAUCUACUAAAUUAAAAUGAUGGAUUUUCAAUAUUAUUUAUUAAUUUAAAAUUAUAAGACAAUAUAUCGAAUUAAUAAAGUAUUAUUAUGAUUAAUUUUGCAUAAAAGUUAACUAUUUAAAGUAGUGAAUUUAUAAACUAAAUAUCUAACCAAAAUGGAGGCGCAUUAAAUAUUUAAAAUACUGAUUAGUUGAAUAUUAUAGAUUCUAAAUUUUAGAUAAACUAAUCUAUUUUAGGAAAUGGAGGUUCUUUGUUUCUCUAUUAAAUUUAAAAUUUAUCGAUUUCUAACUGUAAAUUCCUUGAGAAUCAAACAUAAAGUUAAUCAGGUGGAGCUGUGUAUUUAGAUUAAAAUUAAUUAAAGACUACUACUUCCUCUAUAAUAAAUAGUAACUUCUAAAAAAAUAAGGCAAUCUAAGGAUUAGGAGGUGCUAUUUUUAUAAACAACUGUGAUUUAAAUUUAAAAAACACAAAUAUAUUGAAUAAUAAAGCAGCUAUAGGUGGAGGAAUAUACUAUUAAUACAUGAUACCAGAUAUUAUUUAACGUAAUUUAGUUUUACUUAAUAAUAAUACAGUAAAAGAUAAUUAAUGUAUUUUGUAUGGUUAAAAUAUUGGUUCAACACUAAGAAAGAUAGAGUUAUAUUAAAUAAAUAAUCCUUAAUUUAUUGUAGAAAGAGGUGAUUAAUAAUAGGUUGAGUCCAUUAUUGUUAGCAAUUUUAGGAGCGGUGAUUAUAUGUUCAUUGAUGAUAUUUAAAUUUUAGAUGAAGAAAAUCAAUACUUUAAGUACAAUCCCUUACUAAGUUAUAGUCAAAGUGUAAAUGAAAUAAUUUAAUAAACAACUAUGACAAUAAAUAUAUAAGCAAAAAGUGAAAAAAUGAAUAUAUUUGGAGGAAAUAUUGCCACCUUUUAGAAAGGAAAGUUUUCUUUUAAUAUUAGUCUUUCUUAUAUUCCUAAUCAAAGCUCGACUCUUUAAAUACAGUCUUAGAUAAUUCCUCCUCUCUAUAAUUCUAAGGGAAUUUUAUUUCUUUCUUAAAAGUAAUUAUCUUUGAAUUUCAAAGUCGAUUUUAGAAAAUGUAUAAUUGGAGAAAUUCAAAAAGAUUUUUUUUCUUCAAUUAUUUGUGAUCAAUGUCCUGAUGGAAAAUAUUCUCUUAGCCUAAAUGAUCAAAGUUGUUAAAUAUGUCCUUCAUCUGCAGUAUCAUGUUAAGGAUCUAUAAUAUAAGUAAAGAAUGGGUUUUGGAGAAAAAAUAACUAAACCAAUUAAAUUCUAUAUUGUUAAAAUGCCCCAAAUAACUGCCAACCUUAAAAUAUAGAGUCAAAAUUUGGAUGUGCAGUUGGAUAUGUUGGUCCUUUGUGUGAAUAAUGUGAUUUUUUGGGUGAUGUUUGGGGAUAAAGAUACUCUACUAUUUUCUAUACAUUUAAGUGUUCAAAGUGCUCUGAUACUUUAAUACUUUCAGGUAUCUCAUAAGUAAUAUUUUUAGUGGUGUUAACUUUGUACAUAUACGCUUGCAAUAGAAAGAUUAUUAAUUCAGUAGAAAGAGAAUUAUAAAACUAUUAUCUGAAAAUGAUGGGUCUUAUUUAUCUCAAUAAUUCUGUCUAUAAGGCUAAUUCUACUGUAUAUUCAAAGAUUUUGAUUGAUCAUUUACAAAUAAUAUCUAUUUUAAGUAGUAUUUCCUUCUAAUUUCCUACUUUAAUUUAAAUUUCUUCUAAUGUUGGAGGAAACCCUUUGGUGAUUUAAACAAACAUGUUUGAUUGCUUUUACCCUAAAAAUAUUAAUAUACCAAAGUGGUUUGCUAAAGUAAUUUGCUCAUUAAGUCUGCCUUUUGUCAUUUACAUUCUUAAUUACCUUAUAAAUAUUUUUUAACAAGUAGUUUACAAGUAAAAUACUCAUUCUAGGUAUAAGAAAACUACAAUGAUUUUCUUUUAUUUCUAUUUCUAUCCAUCCAUUUUAUUUAUCUUAAUCAAAUCAAUAAAUUGUAUAAAUAUUGGAGAUGAGAAAUAUGCAUAAAUAGACACUUUAAUAGGUUGUAGGAAUUUCUCUGAUCACUUUAUUUAUAAUUUAUUAUUUAGCUUUCCAGCAAUAUUUGUGAUGUGUAUUGCUCUCCCUCUUUUCUUGAUUUAUAAAGUGAGACAAAAUAUAAAUUAAAAUCUCAAUAAAAUACAAAAGAGUUCUUACUAGUUUAUUUAUGAACCUUAUAAGAAUUAAUACUACUACUGGGAAUUUAUAAGAUUAUUUUACAAGAGUUCUGUUAUGAUUUCUUCAAUACUUUUAUAAGAAUCCUUAUCCUUGAAAACUUGCAUAAUAAAUCAAAUUCUAAUAUUAUACAAUUACUUCUAAAUGAAGGUCAGUCCAUUUACUAACAAGUUUCAUAAUGAAUUAGAAACUUAAUCUAUACUAAUAAGUAUUUCAACUCUAAAUUUUUGUUUAGCAUAGUCUUUGCUGAUUGAUGAAUUCUAUACUCCAAUCAUAAUAUUUUAAUUCUUAAUUAUAAUCUUAAACUUCAAUUUUAUAUUUAAGACACUAUUUUUAACUUUUGUAAGACCUAUUCCUGCUAUGAAAGAAAAUAGAAAUAUAAUUUAAUAAUGUUUGUAUAGUCUAAAAACAUAAUACCCAUCAUUAUUUACCUUUAUAUAAAUAGACUAUAAAAUAAAAUUUUCUACAGCUUUGAAAAUCAAAAAACUAAAGUCCAAAUUAAAAAUUUAUAUUGAAAUUGGAAAUGAAAAAUUUAGCGUCUAUUAGACUUAACAAAAAUAAUAAUAGUCUUCGAUACCUACCUAACUAAAAUCACCAAAUAAUUAGUUUAGAAUAUCAUUCUUUAGUUAAUAAAUUGAAAAUGAAACUAUAAAUACAGAGUUUGAAAAUUUAAAGCAGCCUUAUUAGCCUUAAACUCUACAGAAUAAAUAUUAGCUUUAAGCAAAGUUCAAAUAAUAAGAAUCAUCUUUAGGCAGGUAAGAUAUAUUUGAUUUUUAGAGUCCACAAAAAUAGAAUCAUUUCUAAUUCAGAUUACUAAAUCUUAAAGAUCAAUAAACUGAUGAAAGUAUAUUAAAAUAAAAUGAUAAAAGUAUGAAUUGA